AUGAUUGAGGCUAAAUCAGCCCCCAAAGGGGAGUUUAGAAUAUUGGAGAAUUGGCCAACUAUUGAAGAAAGGAAGAGUGAAGUUGAGAUAACAGUUUCUGAAUUUAAUGGCGUACUGCAGCCAAUGUGCAUUGAAUCAUCCUUGCCUCGGGUUGGAAGUAAUGAAAUUAAAUCUGGGCAGUCUUUAUUUCAGCAGAAGAACAUUGUAUCCAUUUCAUCUAGGAUGAAAAAUAUGGGCAAUGAAGAGAAUAAGCUUUUAACAAGGGUCCUUGAGGACCCAAUAGAAUUGGAACAGACACAGGGGAUUAAGAUGACAUUUAAUACUACUAAGGAACGUAGGAAGGAAAUUGAGUUGAGUGUGACUGCUGCUCAGCUUCUGCAACAGAAAGCUGAAUACCUUCAGGUUGGGGAGGUAAGGAUUUCGCCUGGAACUCUUAAGAAGCAUUUAGGGAUUUUGUUACCAAAAUUUCAGUUAGUUAUACCCGAUAGAGUGGAAAAUGAGUGCAUUGAGAUUCUUCUUAGUUGUUCUUGGAAACCAAUGGAUCCAAAUGCCGCAAUCACAAUGCUUGAAGAACGGUCAAAACAAUGGGAUUCCUCUAUUGUUGGAUCUGAAAUUAAGAAUACGGGAGAUGGAGUUUUGUUUGCUUUGAGACGACAUUCAUCAAGAGCUCAACAUUUAAAACGUUCUACCAAGAAUUCUUUUGCCGGCAAUAGAGAAUCCGGAUUUAUUAGAGAAAAUGUGAAGCUCAAAACAAGGUGGAUGAAGAAAAGAAUGAGUUAUCAGGGUUUCAUGAGGCAUAUGUCACCUUGCACUAGCUUAAUCCAAGAGUGGUGA